GGCUCCUGGCGGGGGGGGUCGUUGCCUGGGGCGGGCCCCGUGGGGAGUGCGUUCGGCUCGGGGAGAAGCGGCGCGCGGGCUUCCGGGGCUCGGCGCGACAGCUUCGAGCGCGCGCGGUCCCGCCCAGGGCGCUGUGGCUGGGACCGAGUCCGGCGAGCCCCGUGCGCGGCGGGGAGGGGGGUUAAAGCGCGGCGCCGGCGCUGUGGCCCCUUCCCGCUCUCAUGGGGUGUCGGGCUCGCCCUGGCGUUGCGGAGCUGUUCCCAGUUCCUGCUCUUCCUGUGCUCUCUGGAGCCCGGCUCGACGUGGUCUGGGCAUUGAGAACCUGCCAUUUGAAUUGCAGAGAAAUUUCCAACUCAUGCGAGAUCUAGACCAGCGAACAGAAGACCUCAAGUCAGAGAUUGAUAAACUGGCCACGGAGUAUAUCAGCAAUGCACGGACUCUGUCUUCGGAGGAAAAACUGGGGCUUCUCAAGCAAAUUCAGGAGGCCUAUGCAAAAUGCAAGGAGUUCGGGGAUGACAAGGUUCAGCUGGCCAUGCAGACCUAUGAGAUGGUGGAUAAGCACAUCCGGCGGCUAGACACGGACCUUGCCCGUUUUGAAGCUGACUUGAAGGAGAAGCAGAUUGAGUCGAGUGACUACGACAGCUCCUCCAGCAAGGGCAAGAAGAAGGGCCGGGCCCAAAAGGAGAAGAAAGCUGCCCGUGCUCGUUCUAAGGGGAAAAACUCUGAUGAGGAGGCACCAAAGAUGGCUCAAAAGAAGCUGAAACUCGUCCGCACCACGGAGUAUGGGAUGCCCUCAGUGACAUUUGGAAAUGUGCACCCCUCAGAUGUGCUGGAUAUGCCUGUGGAUCCCAACGAACCCACCUACUGCCUGUGCCACCAGGUCUCCUAUGGGGAGAUGAUUGGCUGUGAUAACCCUGAUUGCUCCAUUGAGUGGUUCCAUUUCGCCUGUGUGGGCCUGACGACAAAGCCGAGAGGGAAAUGGUUCUGCCCUCGCUGUUCCCAGGAGAGGAAGAAGAAAUAAAAUCCCUAGAGCCCCCUGGUGCAGUGGCCAGAGUCCCAUCUCUUCUACUAGGGCCUCAUCAAGGCUCCCCCAGCCCCUGGGCUUUGAGGUUGCGGGGAGUCUUGCCCUGUUUGUGGUUAGGGUGACCUUUGAAUGGGCUGUGCCCUCAUGACAGUUCCAAUGUGUUCUGUAUCCCGUGCUACCUUCAGAUUCCCCUUGGAGGUCCUUUGUGUGCUGUUCUAGAACAGGUCUCUGAAUCCCAGAGGGAAUGAGGGUAGCUAGGUAGCCCCCAGAUUCCUAGGGGUUGGAUGGUCCCCUGAUUUCCAUGGCUCACCCUUCACCCCACUUAGAGUCCAUUGCCUGCAUCUCUCCUUGGGGAAGCCAGAUUUAGUCAGGGAAGUGAAAGAUUACCUGAAUGCCCAGGGGAAGGAGGUAAGUCUCCCCAAACUUUAUAGGCUCCUGAUUUUAUUAGAUCUUUCCUGGGCGUGGGGGGUAAGCAGGCCACCUCUUCAUCUUACAGGUUGGUUGAAAAGUUGGAUCCCUUAGUCCUUCCCUGCCCUACCUUACAUUCCACAAUCACCUCCAGUACCAAGUGGUCUCUGUUGUAUGUGGGAGAGGAGGGAGUUUAGAGAGAGCCUGAGUCUCAUUUAUUCCCCUUCUGGGGGAAUAUCUCAGGAAUGGGUAGUGUACUUUGUCUUACAGGAAAGAGGAAGCAUUCGUGAGCUUAGGUGGAGCUGGUUUUGUAUCACCUGUGCUUCUGCCCCAGAGUUCCCCAAUCCUUUUUGCUGUCCAAGAUCCUUUGUUCUCCUGGUGAUGGGAAGUUUGGGAAUCCAGAUCCACCUUGUAAAAUAUGGAAUUAAAUAAAACCCAUUGAAACAAA